AGUGGCAUUGGGAAAUAGGAUUCAAAACGGAAGUAAAAACCUAUUUAGAUAUCGUAUCUUUUCUUCAAAUUGAUGUUCGUUGACGGCAGCUAAACGAGGAUUGAAAGAAAAUAUGGACUUGAUUAAUUUAAGUGGAAAAGUUGCUUUGAUUAGCGGUGCUAGUUCCGGUAUUGGUGCUGGUACUGCAGUGUUGUUUAGUAAACUUGGUGCAAAGUUGGCUAUUACUGGCCGGAAAGAAGACAACUUGAAGAAAACUGCAGAUGAAUGUGAAAAAAAUGGUUCUAAGCCAUUAAUCGUUGUGGCUGACCUUUCAAAGGAAGAUGAUGUCAAAACUAUUAUGGAGAAAACCAUUUCUCAUUUUGGAAAACUAAACAUUUUGGUGAACUGUGCCGGAAUUUUAGCAUAUGGGAGUAUUGAAACCACAAGCUUGGAACAGUUUGAUGAAGUCUUUAACGUUAAUCUGCGGUCUGUUUAUCAGUUGACCAUGUUAGCGGUGCCUCAUUUGAUAACAACCCAAGGAUGUAUGGUGAAUGUCUCCAGUAUAUGUAGCCUAAGAGCUUUCCCUGGAAUUCUAGCAUACAAUAUGUCUAAAAGUGCUUUGGAUCAAUUCACCUGUACUGUAGCUCUUGAGUUGGCAUCGAAGAAAGUGCGUGUAAACAGUGUCAAUCCUGGGAUUAUUGUCACUGAAAUACACAAAAGAACAGGCAUGACUGAAGAAGCUUACGCUCAGGUUCUAGAGAAAUCCAGAAAGAACCACGUUCUUGGACGUGUAGGAGAAGUCGAUGAUGUUGCUAAGACAAUUGCAUUCUUAGCCUCUGAUGCCAGUUCCUUCGUCACAGGAGCCUUGUUUCCCGUUGAUGGUGCCAGACACAUCACAUGUCCGCAAGCUACAUAUUCAGGAGUUACAUAUUAACAAUAAAAACAGCAGAACAAGACUUU